UCUUCGGUAAAACAUAAAAAAUAAAACUUUAAAAUUAAAAUAAGCACGUGAACACUAGCGACACUGCGGUCAUGUGAUUUCUGUUUUGUUGAAGGGAAUCGAUACCGUUUUCUGAUACCUUCUGUCGCGAUACUUUUACUUUGAAAGGUUGUUUCGAGUGGUUUUCAGCUUAACAUCCAUUCAAGAGCAAUUCAGGCUACAAGAACUCAAACAGGGUUACUUCUGUUGUCAUGGCAGUUCCUCAAGUCCCCAACAUGGGUAGUAGGCAUCUCCUCCUGAUACCUACACUGCUGCUUCUCCUAGCCCUUCCUGUCUCCCAGGGGCGUUACACUGAUGACUUUGAUGAUAGCGAGGACCUGGCAGACUUCGAUGACAAUGACUUUGCCGAGUUUGAGGACAUGAACGACGACCAAGCAGCUGAUGCAGAAACUGCCUCUCCGCCUCAUGCCUCACAGUCCUCGCAGCCUGAGGAAGAUGAAGACGAAGAUGAAGCUACAGUUGAGCUGGAGGAUAGCCAAGAUGGUUUUGAUGACACAGAGACGCAGGAUCAAGACAUAUACAGCAAAUAUGACCAGGAGGAGUUUGAGGGGAUUGGAGACAUGGAGAAAACGGGCCACUCCAUGAAGGACCCCCUCAUAAUUCACACGGUUCCUGCACAUCUGCAGAACAGCUGGGAGAGUUACUACAUGGAGAUCCUGAUGGUGACCGGCCUGUUGGCCUACAUCAUGAACUAUAUCAUUGGCAAGAACAAAAACAGCCGCCUUGCUCAUGCUUGGUUCAACUCACACAGAGAACUUUUAGAGAGCAACUUUGCACUUGUAGGUGAUGAUGGCACCAGUAAAGAACCUGUGAGCACGGGGAAGCUGAAUCAGGAAAACGAACAUAUAUACAACCUGUGGUGCUCUGGACGCGUGUGCUGUGAAGGCAUGCUGAUCCAACUCAAGUUUCUCAAGAGGCAGGACCUGCUUAACGUUCUGGCCAGGAUGAUGAGGCCUACCUGUGACCAAGUGCAAAUCAAAGUGACUUUUAAUGAUGAGGACAUGGACACUUUUGUGUUUGCUGUGGGGUCCAAGAAGGCCAUGGCCAGGCUUCAGAAGGAGAUGCAGGACUUGAGUGAGUUCUGUGGCGACAAGCCAAAGUCUGGGGCCAAGUAUGGGCUCCCAGACUCCUUGGCUAUUCUGAGUGAGAUGGGCGAGGUCACUGAUGGAGUGAUGGACAACAAGAUGGUACAUUAUAUCACCAACCAUGCUGACAAGAUUGAGUCCAUCCAUUUUUCGGACCAAUUUUCUGGUCCAAAAGUUAUGCAAGAGGAGGGUCAGCCCUUAAAGCUGCCUGAGACCAAGAAGACUCUGCUGUUUACAUUUAAUGUGCCUGGCAUGGGCAACACUUCUCCCAAAGACAUGGACACUCUGCUUCCUCUCAUGAACAUGGUGAUCUACAGCAUUGAUAAGGUCAAGAAACUUCGUCUCAACAGAGAGGGAAAACAGAAAGCUGACAGAAACCGCGCCCGUGUGGAGGAGAACUUCCUGAAGCAGACUCACGCUCAGCGCCAGGAAGCAGCCCAGACUCGCCGAGAGGAGAAGAAGAGAGCAGAGAAGGAGAGGAUCAUGAAUGAGGAGGACCCUGAGAGACAGCGUCGUCUGGAGGAAGCAGCCCAGCGACGGGAGCAGAAGAAGAUUGAGAAGAAGCAGAUGAAGAUGAAGCAGAUCAAAGUGAAAGCCAUGUGAAAGACCACCACAGGGACAGGGAUAAAAGCACACAUGAAAGCAGUGCUCAGCUCAGUUUUCUCCAGCUUCUCUGACCACAAUCCACGGCUCCAGCUCACAGUCACUCCAGCAUCAAACCAACAUCCUCUGCCACUGGGUGUGUCAGGUUUAGCCGUUUGUGUAACCACCUGUUCCAUUUAGUGCGGCUAAAUCUUAAAGACUGAGUGAACCUCCUGUGUCAAACGAGAGGGACUUUCACCAUAAUUCACACCAAGAUUUUUUUUUCUUUUUUUGCCAAAUUAUUCAAAACUCUGAAAUCUCUGUUGCUCAGUGAGCUUUUUGAACUAAAUCUACUGGGAAGGAACAUUAUUUGGUGGUACUGAGCCACAUUUUAAAAUAAAUCUAUAGUAUUGUUGUGGUUUCAUUGGAACUUUAUUGGCAUUAAUAUAAUCUUAAAUGAUACAAUCAAGAAAAUUUUUAUUUAUAUCUGCAAUGAUACUUUCAGGCUGUUGUUAUCUGAGCAAACAAUAAAUGCACUGGAGUCUGUUGGAAAA